AUUUGUAAAGCCCCAAUUCGUUGUAUACAAAUUAUAUACAGAGUGGCACAGGUAUAUAAAGAGCGUAUUCUGCUGAUCGAGUUGCUGUGAUGAAAAUUGAAUCCUGUAGUAACAGUGCAAUGGAUAAGAAUUACUCGGGAGUAAAGCAUAGUCGGCGGAGGAUUACAGUUCAAAUCAUUGUGGAUGUUAUAAUUUGGAUUGCAGUUUCUUUGGUCGUUAUAUACCUUUUUCUGUACGGAAAACCCUACAAGUCGGGAUUUUUCUGUGAUGACAGGUCUCUAAGUUAUCCCUCCAUACCAGAAACCAUAUCGACACCUGUUCUGAUAGCUGCUGCAUUCACUCUCUCUGUAAUACUGGUUGUUUCAGUCGAAAUUUUAAACUGCUUAGAUACCAAAUGCCGACGACCAUGUCAAUGGACAAGGGAUAUCGUAUUUUGUGUAAAGAGUUACAUUGUGUUUAUGAUUGGCUUCCUCAUACAAGAACUCGUUGUUGACGCCGUCAAGAACAAGAUGGGUGUGCUCAGACCUAACUUCUUUGACGUGUGCAAACCACAGUUCAACAAGACGUUAUGCCCAAGCUACAUAUCCGAGUACACAUGCACGAGGAAUGAACAAGAUAAAGAGAUCAGAAGCAGCCGACAAUCUUUCCCUUCUGGUCACUCAGCACUGUCUAUGUAUAUAGCAGUAUAUUUUUGUGUCUACAUAGAAAAUCGUUUGCUGAUACGUUUUUCUCGUUUACUGAAGUUCUUUAUUCAAACUGGACUUGUAUGCACUGCGAUUCUGUGUGGUCUUGAACGAAUCAAAGACAACAAACAUCAUCCUUCUGAUGUCAUAGCAGGAUACGUAUUAGGCGUCACUGUCGCUGUAUUUGUGCACAUGUUGGUUGGAACCAAGUUUGCGAAGACAACAAGUGUUGGAAAAAAGACAAAGUUAAACACAAAUAAUACGUCUUGUGACUUAUGUUGCUCGUGUGAACAAUCACCGGUUCUUAAUCCACAAACACCAACAUCUGCACUAGAAGAUGGAUAUUUCUUGAAUAUGGAAAAUGGAAGAAGUACAUCCUCAACAAAACUUAUAGCGCUUCAAAAUAAUAAUCGAAAUAUGUCCGUGACGUCAGAAAUCGUAUGAAGGGGCAUGGAGUAAAAUAGUCCAGUUCAUAUUUAAUUUUGAAGAAAAUAUUAUGGGUUGUGAUAGGUAAUGAGGAUAUGAGGUGUAUGACGAGGAAACGUUACCGUUAGCCAUUAUGUUUUGUUAUUGUCUUUUUUUUUCAAAAUAAAAUGAUCAGUAUGUCAUGAGUUUUAAAGUUUUGUGAUUUAAAUGAGAUAUAAA